AUGGCUCGUCACGGAAUCGUCGCCCUUCUGGCGGCUACUCUUCUUGGUGCCAGUGUCAACGCUGGUCCUUGCAAGCCCUACUCCUCGGUUGCUCUGUCCUCAACUGUCAUUGUUGAGCCGACGAUGACAGGAUCUUCGACAAUUACUGCCGACAUCACUGGAACCACCGAUGCGCUUGAAACAACUGUCACUGAAGCUACCACUGACGUUACAGAUACCACCGAUGCCCUGAAACGACCAUCACGGAGCCAGCAAUCGAAACUACUGACAACAUCUGUUGAUACUACAGAUGUCCCCGAUACCACCACCACCGAGGCCGUCGUUGACACAAGUGCUGUCACUAUCGAGACUACGACGACCGCUGCCGCUGAAUCUGGUUGUGUGCCCACUCAGAUCCUUGCGAACCCCAGCUUCGACGACAAUACCAAUGGUGCUCCAUGGGCGCGUGGACUAGACGUAUCCUUAUAA